UUCGGCUCAGUGGCUCAGUCUGGGGCCCUAGACAAUGCCUAAAGUUCUCCACACUCCUGCUCAAGCUCUCCCCAAGGCAGUUCACCUGAGUGCCAAGUCCAAAAACACCGAAACAGUUCACAGUAUCCCGGAGGCGGCCAAUGAGGGGACUGAACAUCCAGGCUUGUCUCCAGAGGUGACAACAUUGCUUGCAUAAGACCUCUCCUGGAUGCCAGCAGAGGCUGAGGGCUGAGGCUGCGCUGGACACUCAAGGCUCUUGUGUGGCAGGGCUGCUGAGAAGGUGAGCAGGGACGCCUCACUCUCCGCUAGACCCUGAGAUUUCAGACACAGACGUCUCCCCAUGGCUCCUUAUUUCAUCCGCAUAUACCAGGAGAGUGACCGCAAGACGGUGGUGGACUUGCUUUCCCAGGGGAUCACUGAGCACAUCCCUGCCACUUUCCGCCACGUGCUGAAGCUGCCCCGGACUCUCGCGCUCUUCGUUGGGGGACCUCUCCUCCUACUCCAGGUCUCUGGCUCCUGGCUCCUGGCUCUCAUGUUUAGCUUUGCCCUCCUCCCUGUCCUGUGGUUUUUUGCCGGCCUUCCCUACAGGCAGUUUGUGCACAUGAGUUUGCAAACAGACAUGGCUGACAUCACCAAAUCCUACCUGAGGGAGCCUGGCUCCUGCUUCUGGGUGGCUGAGUCUGCAACGAAGGUGGUGGGCACAGUGGGAGCUUUGCCCGUUGAUGAUCCCACCUUGCAAGAGAGGCGGUUGCAGCUGUUUCACCUGGUUGUGGCCUCUGAGCACCGUAAACAGGGCAUAGCAAAAGCCCUGAUCAGGACUGUCCUCCAGUUUGCCCGGGACCAGGGCUACAGUGCAGUUGUCCUGGAAACUGGCGCCAUGCAGCUGUCGGCCAUGGCCCUCUACCAGCGCAUGGGCUUCAAGAAGUUCCACGAGUCCUUCCUCUGUGGGAGUGCAAGGCUAGUCAAUCUUCAUCAAAUUCAUUACAUCCACCACCUCCCUUCUGCUCAGGCACGGGCCUUGUGAUCUCUUUCCCUGCGCGUUAGGCAGGACACGAUCCUCAGUGCUAUAGUAAUAAGCAAACACUGACCCUUCAGUGCUGACACAAUAAAACCUCAUUGGUCAUUCACAUC